AUGGCGCCAUACAAUCAACGUUCUUAUUUCCAAAGCUACCCCGACGAUGAGGGAUAUUUCGGUCGGUUUGGCGGUAACCACUAUCCACCGGAGCUUCGGCCUGCGCUGGAAGAACUGGCCAGCAGCUAUCAGGAGCUUCAUCAAACGCCAGAAUUUCAGCGCGAACUCAACAAGGUGCGGGUCGGACUUCAAGGGCGGCCGACCCCGAUACAUUACCUCGAGACUCUUUCAGAUCAGGUCGGGGGCGCUCAGAUCUACGUUAAGCGAGAGGAUUUGAAUCACACCGGCGCGCACAAAAUCAACCACUGUGUUGGCUUCGCACUUCUCGCCAAGAAAAUGGGUAAGAAGAAGCUGAUUGCCGAGACCGGGGCCGGCCAGCACGGCGUCGCGCUGGCAACUGCAGCGGCCUAUUUUGGCCUUGAAUGCGAAGUCCACAUGGGGGAGGUGGAUAUUGCUAAACAGAGUUCGAAUGUCGGUCGCAUGCAGCUGCUCGGCGCGCGCGUGGUACCGGCAACUACAGGCCAGUCCGCCCUCAAGGAGGCUAGUGAUUCCGCAUUCAACGCGUAUGUAGAGCAGCAUGCACACGCGCUCUAUGCGAUCGGAUCGGCUAUCGGCCCACAUCCCUUCCCAAUGAUUGUUCGAGGCUUCCAACGUGUAGUUGGCCAAGAAGCCCGCGAGCAAUUCCUUUCCAUCACGAACGGAAGCUUGCCUGAGCAUGUGGUUGCCUGUGUCGCAGGUGGCUCCAAUGCGAUGGGUCUGUAUUCUGGCUUCAUUGAUUAUCCGGGGGUUGUUCUGCACGCAGUGGAGCCUCUUGGCAUAUCUGAUGGACCAGGCCAACACGCAGCGACGCUAUCCUAUGGAAGUCUGGGAACAUUGCAUGGUGCUCGAUCGGUUGUGCUGCAGAAAGAGGACGGUACGCCUGCUCGUGUCUCCUCGGUGGCAUCGGGACUCGCCUACCCCGGCGUUGGCCCGGAGAUUGCGAUGCUGCAUGAAACCGGCCGGCUUUCCAUCGCAGCAGUUACCAAUGUGGAAGCCGUCAGUACAUUUUUCCGCAUGGCCAAAUUAGAGGGAAUUAUCCCUGCAUUGGAAAGUGCGCAUGCUUUGGCGUUUGCAAUCCGCUUGGCGACGCAGCGCCCUUCAUCCGAACGAAUACUAGUCAAUCUGUCGGGGCGCGGCGACAAAGAUGUCGACUUUGUGCUUGAGAACUAUGGAUAG